AUGGAAGACUGGUUGCACAGCGCUCAAGGCCGCUCCAUCACGGAGUUUUUCGAACCAGGGCCACCGAUCAGCAUGACUUUCUCUCGACAUCACAAUUGGUAUGCAACAUCCCACGCCCGGCCAACCUGCAAUGUCUGUCGCGAGGCUUUGUCCGGAGUUACAUCGCACGGGUUAUCCUGUGAGGUGUGCAAAUGUAAGGUUCAAAACGAUGGCUGCCAAGGCGAUAGCCAACGAAAUGGACCACGCUCGCUUGGUGAAGAUAUCAUCGAGGAUAUGGAUGGGAACAUUGUCAUGCCUCACCAAUGGAUGGAGGGUAACCUUCCAGUGUCGGCCAAAUGAUUGUGCGACAAAACGUGCGGAUCGGUAAGCUUGCAGGAUUGGCGCUGCCUUGUGCGCUCCACAGUUCACACUGCCUGCCGACCACAGGCCAUGGUGGUGCCUCUGGGACCAGCGCGGGUUUCGGUGGUCCCGCCGAUUUCGCUACACUCGAUCGGAAUCGACGACGCAUGGGACGUUUGCAAACCGCACGGUAGCUUCUCGCCGCUGUUGGUGUUCGUUAACUCCAACGGUGACAAUCAGGGCGUCAAGUUUCUGACGCUUCAGGCGCUGAACCCGGCGCGUUUUGAUCUCAUAUCAAGGGCCUGCCUGGGCUUGCGACUGUUUCGCCACUUUGCCUUCCGGAUAUUGAUCUGUUCCGGGAUGGCCGUCGGUUGGGUGCUCAGCGAAAUCGAUCAAUUAAACAUGACGAAACAAUGCCAAAUAGCCGUGCUUCCCCUGGGCACUGGGAAUGACCUCGCCCGGGUUCUGGGCUGGGGCAGCUCCUGCGAUGACGACGCACAUCUGCCGCAGCUGCUCGAGCGGUACGAAAAGUCAAGCACCAAGAUGCUGGAUAGGUGGAGCGUAAUGGUGUUCGAGCGGGACAUUGGCAUUGCGCCACCAGUUCCAACCCGAACCCCGAAGAUGUCGAUUUCGCAUCACCCGGACCCGGUUCUGUUCCAGUACGAGGAUGAAGUUCUCAGCCACCUACAGUCAAUUGUCACCAACGACGACACGCAAACCAUGCUACAAUCGACACGGGAUCUGGUCAAAACGGUCAACGACUUUAUCACUAGAGUAAUAGAAAACAGCUCCGAUGAGGAGCAAUUAAGCAUAAAAUGUGAUAUUUUAAGACAAAAAUUAGGUAUGUUAUUAGAUACUCUGAAGGAAGAAGAAGCUGGUCUUCACGGUGACGACGAAUUAAUCCGAACACUUAAAGAAAUUGCUCAAAAAAGUGCCUCUGCAAGACCAAUAGAUACUGAUUUCCCUUCACAUAGAACGAUAGAAAAACAGGAAAAAGACAAACUGAAUUCCAGGGAACGCAUAAGUAGACUUGAUAGCCGAUCGGAGAAGGAGGCAGUCAUGUGCCGGGCCAAUAGUCUUAAGCGUGCCAUACAUGACGUAAUGAAGUACAGCGAAACUAGCUUGCUUUACGUGCCCCCGAAGCGACUAUCGAUUUCCAUGAACCCGAAAGAUACAUCCCCCGGUAAUUCACCCAUCCCAGUAUCGGCACCAUCAUCAUCGAUCUCGCCAUCGGUAUCCACCUCGCGACUUACAUGCAUAUCACCGUUGCCGGACCUGCGGCGUGACUCCAUGGACGAGCAUUUCCUGAGCAAUGUUAACCUGCCGGUCCCGAAGCAGUUCGCCGAUGGUAGUAGCCGUCGGAGCUCCGGCAUCCCGGAAAACUACAGAAUCUCCAGCAUCGAAGAACUAGAGGAAAACAGCAUCCACACGGAGAAGUACGACGCACUGAACGCUGCAUUAGCAAGCCUCGCCAACAUCGAAGAAAACGUAGACAAUCAUAUUAGGGACGAUAAGGACGACACGUUGAACCAGAAAUCGACCACAACGACCACUUCGGACUCGCAAUCAACGACGGCUCCGUACGACUUUUCGUUCGAAUCCGACACAAAGACUGUAAAGUUCGACCAAGAUGCGAGUAGCGCAUUCGAACGCUUAGGGUUUAAACCAUUCAAGAAAGGCAUCGAGCAGCGCCAACAACAGCUCCAGCAGCAGAGGAGCGAUCCUGCGGAGUAUAUGCACUUCCAACCGAUUGAGGUAUACGAGCGGAACUUGUACCGUAUUCAGCAGCAACAGCAGCAACAUUCUGAACAUGGGAAUGGGAAAGUAGUCGAACAGAAGAGUUCCAAUAUGUUGCAGGUACCGAGUAUCUGCUUGCCAUCCCUGGAGAAACCGCCAGAAAAUAUGUACUUUAGCGACAACAUAACGAUCAUCGAUACAGAUCUACCGGAACGGUCAUCGUCGGACGAAGCACCAGGAGAAGCUAGCGAUGUGCUAUCGGCCAUCAGUAACGAGGAAUGCAGUGUGACUUCCGAAAUUUUGGACCGCCCGUCCGAGGGCAACUCCCAAAUACCGACUGCCGAAUUGAUACAGGAUCUAGACACGGAUCGCUUCAGCCACAUCGACUCCCCGGAAACGAGUGACACCACCGAAGCGCUGCAUGGCGAAAGUCUGAUGGAUGACAUCAGCUCGGUAUUGGGUCAGGAACUGCUGGGAGCCCUGAUGGACAACACCAUCACCGAAGACACAACGACCCUCUGUACGCUGGAUCAUACCAAGCGGCGUAGCUUCAAGAACAAACAACAGCAGCAGCAGCAACAACAACGAAAGGGAGUGAUCGAAGCGGAGCAGUGUGGUUUUGAGAAUCGGGUGUUCGACAUCGACAACCGGUGUGAUGACCAGAAAGUACGCGAACCUCGUUACUGCAGUCUGGCCAAAUUUGUCGAAGGAAAUGACAUCGCUAGGAAGAGUUUCAAACGCCCGUCGGGUGCAGGAAUACCUUCAAGAAGCUUAGCGAGUCAGGCUUACAAAGCACAAGAAAACGAGUACGAAAACACAAAGAUGUUGGCAAAACAUUAUCUGCAGCCACAUGGGUCUCCAUCGGACGUAUCUGCCUCCGACACAGACACCGUUCAGUACAGAAUACUUAGCUCAGCGUGUACCAACGUGGAUGAGGAUAGUUUGACAGACUUCGACGACAAGGAAGAACAAUCGGACGAUGACCAAGACACUGAAGGCGCCGCCGGAGGUCACUCGGAAGACGAAGAGAUCAAGGACGAACCCAACGACGAUGAGCAAUCACUAUACAUGACAGGAAUUCCGACAAUCAACGUAGUCGUCGAACCACCAUCGCCGGCGAUGAGCGACGAACUACGAUCGCUGCGGGUGCCGGAAAUACGGCGGCACUCGAGUCACACGCCGAACACCCUGGCACCGCGGGAAAUCAACGUUAACCGGCGGCAUUCGGGCAACAAUCCGAAUUUGCUAGGACUGGACUCGGAGCACAUUCGCUUCCUGAACUGCUCACCGGCCGCGACGCGGCGAAUCAGCAGCGGAAGUUUGCUUUUUAAACCGGAAGCGCUGGGUAGCUCGAAAAGCAAUAUGUUUAGCUCUAAUCUGGGUUUGUUCAACUUCGAUCGUGACUCUGAGAGUAAAGAAGAGGAGAAAAAGAAAAAGGAUGAGAAGGAGGAGAAAGUUAAGAAGUUGCCGAUAAUCAAUCCACUGGUGCGGUUACCAUCUUGGCCAAACGUGAGUAGUGGAACGGGAUUCAUUUCGAAGUGUUUGUUAGCGAACGCCGAUACCUUGUGCGCGGCUGUAAGCCCUCUGAUGGAUCCCGAUGAAACACUGAUGGAAGGCUACUCGGAGAAGGCCGUCAUGAAUAACUACUUUGGCAUCGGGAUUGAUGCGAAGAUUUCCUUGGACUUCCAUAACAAACGAGAGGAACAUCCGGAGAAGUGUAGAUCCCGGGCCAAGAACUACAUGUGGUACGGAGUGCUGGGAUCGAAGCAGUGGCUUCAGAAGACGUACAAAAAUCUCGAGCAGAAGGUUCAGCUCGAGUGCGAUGGCCAGCGUAUUCCGUUGCCAUCGCUGCAGGGUAUUGUGAUUCUGAACAUUCCGAGCUUUAUGGGCGGUACGAACUUCUGGGGAACGAAAAAGGAGGACGAUUGUUUCCUUGUGCAAAGCUUUGACGAUCGUAUUCUGGAGGUGGUGGCCGUUUUCGGUUCGGUUCAGAUGGCUGCAUCUCGGUUGAUCAAUCUCCAGCACCACCGGAUUGCGCAGUGCCAAAGCGUACAGAUUAACAUUUUAGGUGAGGAAUGCGUUCCUAUACAAGUGGAUGGAGAGGCAUGGUUGCAGCCACCUGGAAUGAUUCGUAUCAUUCACAAAAAUCGAGUUCAAAUGUUGUGCCGCAAUCGCUGCUUAGAGAUGUCACUGAAGAGCUGGCAGGAGAAACAGCGCCAGCACAGUAUUUCUAUAGCUCGCGAACAGCCGUCGACGACGUCUUCGGAGCAGCUCGUAUCCGUAUCGGACGAUUUGUUCAACGAACGGGAGACGUAUCUUUUGCUUAACUUUAUCGAGUGUGUUAGUACGUUGGUGAAGUGGGUCAAGUUUUUGAUUAUAUCGCACCCUUCGCUCCAACCGGAUCUGUACACGGUGGCAACCAAAACGGCCGACGCAUUGGAAUCGAUCCAUCCGGGUGGUAAGAUCAUCGACGGGCCGGAUUUGAGACGACAGCUAACUGAAUUGGUCCGCGCGGCCCGACAGCUGUACGAGAACACUUGUGACCUGCUGCGGGAGCGUAGCCACAGCCUGAUUCUGCGGGAAGAUCUGGAAACGAAACUGAGCGUAUCGCUCGCCAACAUGGAAAUGGAGCUGGGUAAGUGCAGUUUGCAGCAAACCAGUGACGGCGAUACGAAGGUGUAUCUGAACGUGUUGGCUCCGAACGAGGACGUCGACCAUCAUCGUAAGAAGCAGAAACCAUUCUGGUUGCGUUUCCGUGGUCACCACGGUCCAGGCGGCUCCGGAGUCGGCGGUGGAAAAGUCAAAACGAACGCCGAUCUGGUCAAUAACUGGGGAGUGGGCGAAGUGGUAACAUGGUUGGAAGCCAUGCAGAUGACAGAGUACGUGGAUAGUUUCAUUAAGAAUGACAUACGGGGUAAGGAGCUGCUCACGUUGGCUCGGCGAGAUUUGAAGGAUCUCGGAGUCACCAAGGUGGGUCACGUGAAACGUAUCCUGCAAGCAAUCAAAGAUCUGGGCAGCACCAGCGUCGGAUAGGAAGGUACAUUAGGUAUUAGAUGCAUUUCAGUUUUAACUAAUCGGAACUGUGGCUAGUAGACUAUCGAAUAUCUAUAUCAGUACUCUAUAGAAUGGAUAAUUUGAAAGUAAUUCCGAAGCAGUUGUCAGCAAACACAAAGGAAUCGAAGCUAAUAGGUAUUUAAAUUGUUUUAAUAAUCAAGAAACCAAAAGACUUCAUUUACUCUGGUAUAAGCAAAUAUUUCCAAGUCUUUUUAAGUAUUCAUUUCGUUUCGGGAAAAGGCACCGAAACUCUUAGCAUCGCAAUAAUGGUUAGAGGAAGAGGUUGUGUCGGACACGUAGCAUCAUUCCAAGCCGAUAGCAGUAGAAAUGUUGGAACCAAGUGGAAAUAGUACGAAGCCUGAUGCAGUAAAUAUCAUGAAAUAUCUAUUUUGCUUUGGUAGUUUAUGAACUAGAAUAAACCGAGAAGAAGAACUAGAAAACGUAAUCUUGAGAAGCCUAAUGUUAAUUGUGUGUUUUAGUUGUAAGUUUUCCGAUGUUCAAUUGCAAAAUUGCUGCGUGAGUGUGCAUCUUGAGUGUAGUUUUUCCUUUCCAAAAAACAGAGAUAUAUUCCCGUUUGUUCGCAUCAAGUGUGUAAUAGAGUCGUUAGAGCCGCAAACAAAUUAAAAUGUCAAAAAUUCUAAAUCCAGUUGCAAGGAAAAACAGGAAAUCUUUAUCCAUACAUAUAUACAUGACACUUACCACUUGUGUUCCAUUGAGGUACUUUAGUGCUGUUGAGUGUAUACUUGUUGUCUGUGUGUAUGUACUUUGGGAGGUCCGGAAUCGUCAGAAUAACGAAAAAGUGACUACACGGCUAGGAAAACAGCAAUGAUAUUAGAAUGAACUCCCAUAUUCUAGGUAAACAUUAAAUAAUUCGUAUGAUUCUCAUGUGUGAAUAGAAUUAUCCUUUUCCAUGGAGUUGAAUCCCUCAAGAAGCUUAGGAGAAUAGCAAGAAAAUAUAUGUAAAUAGUUAGAAACCCAAAA